CAGUAACGGGGGACACCUGGGAAGAAGAUCCUGCCAGUCCAUUCUUCACCGUCUGCAUGGGAAUGUGGCAGAUGCCUGCUCACUGUGAGUUCGACUCCAGGACCCCGAGCAUCCCCGAAUGUCGCUACCGGGCCAUGUGGGCCUACAACGCGCAGAACGACAGCAUACGGUUCGGCGUGCAGGCGAAAAACUACGGACUCGACUGGACGGGAAUUGGCUUCUCAAGGGACCGUCUCAUGCCGGAUUCUGACGUCGUGUACGGAUGGGUGAGCCCGGAGACAGGCAACGUUACCCUCAUUGAUGGGCACUUGGACGGCUACGGACCGCCGCGGCCCGACGUACGGCGUGACGUCACGCGCGUCAGCGGCUCUCUCGUCAACGGCAUCACGUCGCUGCAGUUCUGGCGACCUCGCGCGACGGGCGACCGCGACGACGUGCAAUUCACGGACGACGACUGUUUCUACUUCCUGUUCCCGUACGACACGAACCGCUACAAGCCUGGAGUGAUGCGUCAUCGCAGCACGCCGAUGGUGUCUGAACAGAGGAUCUGUAUACGACCGUGCAUGAUGAUGAUGAUGAUGUCGUGUGUGUGUCGUGUGUAG